AUGCAUGAAUAUAAGGUUUUAUGUGAACAGCAAGUGUUACUGCUAAUGUCAUGGGAAAAAGGAGUAAGAAAAGAUUUGGCAGAAGGAAUAAAAAGUAACUGCAGAAUAAGCAACCAAACAGAAACCACAGAGUUUAUUCUUCUGGGAUUGUCAGAUGACCCUAAGCUCCAGGUUGUGAUAUUCAUUUUUCUCCUCAUCACCUACACACUCAGCAUCACAGGGAACCUGACCAUCAUCACUCUCACAUUGCUGGAUUCUCACCUCCAGACCCCCAUGCAUUUCUUUCUCAAGAAUUUCUCUGUUUUAGAAAUAUCCUUCACAACUGCCAUCAUACCAAACUUCUUGGGCUCCAUUAUCUCAGGGGAUAAAACCAAUUCCUUCAUCAACUGCAAAACACAGUUAUUUUUUCUUAUUCUAUUUGGAGAAAUUGAAUUUUACCUUCUAGCUGUCAUGUCCUAUGACCGUUACACUGUCAUCUGCAAGCCUCUGCAUUACCAGACCAUCAUGAGUCAGAAGGUCUGCACAAUGCUGGUGUUUGCUUGCUGGCUGGUUUCUUUCCUAGUCAUCUUCCCCGCACUCAUGUUGGUCCUACAGCUUGAUUAUUGUGGGCUCAAUAUCAUUGAUCACUAUGCCUGUUAUUAUUUCCCCCUGCUUCAACUUUCCUGUUCAGAUUCAAGAUUCCUGGAGAGGAAGGGGUUUUCUUGUGCUGUCUUUAUCCUAACGUUCACUUUAGUGUUAAUAUUUCUGUCCUACACAUACAUCAUCAGAACAAUUGUGGAGAUUCCUUCUGCUAGUCAGAGGUCAAAGACCUUUUCCACAUGUUCUUCCCACAUGAUUGUCAUCUCCAUCUCUUAUGGAAGCUGCAUUUUUAUGUACAUUAAACCCUAAGUUGUAUAUGGAGCAUCAUUGACCAAGGGAGUUGCCAUACUAAAUACCUCAGUAGCCCCCAUGCUUAACCCCUUCAUUUAUAGCCUGAGAAAUCAGCAAGUCAGGCAAGCCUUUAUGAACAUGGCAAGGAAGAUGGUGUUUUUUCACAGGUACAUGAAAUGA